AACCAGAGAUAUAAUUGCAUUUUAUUCCUGUUUUCUCAUGAGACUUUUGGCUGAUUUUAUAUAUUUUAUUCAUCACGUUCAGAUUUUCGUCAUAUUUUCAAAUGUAUAAUAAAAAUUACUCGUCGAUAUGAAUGAGAAUAUUAAUUGUUACGUUCAAAUAGAUUAAAAUAAUCAUAACCGCUAGAGGGUGUUCGAUAGUUCGUGUAGAUAGCUAUAUUUUACCGUUGUUAAGCAAGUAUCCGUUAAGGCUGUUUUAUCUAAUAUUUUUAUUAUGUCUAUACUUUAUUAUACAUAAUUAGAUAUUAUAAUUGUUUACUUCACAAACAAAUUUUAUAUUUUCAUAAUUAACAUCACAACUCUUAAGUGUUCGAAGAGUGACGAAACGCAUUAGUGCAAGCUCUCUUAGAACGGGAAUUUUUGUAAUUUUUUAGAGACUAUGGAUAAAGCAACCGAACAUCAUGAAAGUUCACACGAGAACUUUGCUCUUUCGUACGUGGAUUCUGUUAUAGAUGCACAUUUCUCGGCCAUGAAAUGGUCUGAGCAGGACGUCAUUUUAGAAAUUGGCUGCGGUCGUGGAAGAACGACCAAAACUGUCCUCCUGCCUAAAUGUCCAAAGUUAAAGAAAAUCGUUGCCAUUGAUAUAAAUCCUAGUUCCAUCGAGUAUGCCAGAAAAACGUAUUUCGAUGAAAAAGUCGAAUUUAUGACGCAAGAUAUCCUCCAAAGAUUGGAUACGGAAGUUGAAAAAUACUCGUAUGAUAAAGUUGUAUCUUUCUACGCCUUACAUCACAUACCCGACUUCGAGAAAUUAUUUUCUGUCGUAUCUUCUGUUUUGAAACCUGGAGGACAUUUUCUAUUCAUUAGUAUUGUUAAGAACCCGGCUUUCUCCAUCUUGCGCGAUUUGAGUACCAACGAAGAAUGGACGAAGCACAUAAAGAGAGAAGAUAUUCUUGCCGUAAUUCCACCGACCGAGAACUGGAAAGAUGCAGAAAGCGAAUUCAAAGAAUUUCUUUCCAAGUUUGGUUUGCAAGUGACUAAAAGUCAAUGUGACGAUUUGAGUACAUCUGUUUCCGAUAAACAGCAUUUCUUGGAUUCACUUUUGACGAUAUUGCCCAAAGCGACUACAAAAAACUUGGAUCCACAAGUGAAAAAUUGCCUUUGGAAUCAGGCUGAACAAACAAUUCUCAAAUAUUGUCCCCGAGAUGAAAAGGGUGGCAUCUUAUUUACUUAUAAAGUUAUGCAAAUAUCGGGAAUGAAAGACAUUUAACGAAUAAAAACAACUUUAAUCAUUUUAAAAUAAAUUCUAUAAUUGGUAUAAAUAUGAAAACGCAUAUCGAGUUCACUCGAAUAAUCACUAGUUUAAAGCAAAAGCAUUGUCAAGCUUAUAUUGCCGGCCACAAUUAUAUUUAGGAUGUAGCUGACCGCAGUGGGGUUUAUUAACAUGAUUUAAAUUUUGGGAACAGCGAUGCAAACUAAUACUACUCAUAAUAAAUAAUUAAGACCCGAAUCGAUUUGGAACUCGUGAAACUGUUCAAUCUUUGCAGUGUUUUGUGCUCCAAAUUUUCGAUUAUUUUUUAAGUGGAAAUCCAAAUAAAAUUACUUGCAAUUGGGGAUAUAUAAUGGUUAUAUAAUGGAUAUAUAAUGGAUAUAUAAUGGGGAUAUAUAUAUAAUGGGGAUAUAUAAUGGUCAGGACGGUUUCAUUACAGUGGUACAGUGGCAAUUUUUUUUUUAGCAGAUAACUUAAGUGAAACCGUUAACUCACUUAAGUUGAUGAUUUAUAACUACAAUACAGUGCUUUACACUCGCUUACUUUUUUCAUACAAGGAAAUGUGUUGUGCUUUGUAUUUAAGUACAGUAUAUUGUAUCCAGACAGGAAACACUCGCAAAAUAAUCAAUGCCCGAUAGCACCGCAUAUUGUACAGUAUUUGGUACCAUGUUCAACCAUCUUCUUGCAAAUUUAUUCCACAUGAAGAAAUAACAUGUAAUAAAUUUAGUGUCGUGUACCAAGCAUUAACACCUGAAAAACUGAUUUCGGUGAUUUAAUGUUAAUUACACUUGCACAUUGAUCAUAUGACACAAAUAAUACGAGAUAACCCAAAGAAUUGUCAUAUUUUUUAUCGCGAUAUUUUACUUGGAAACUGCUGCUAUGUAUAUGCUGUACUGUAUUUUAUUCUUAAUAAAAAUAUUUUUAAAAUAAACCAGCAGUUGUUUUAUUGAGCGAUCCCGCAAGCCAACCAGUUUUUAGCGAUUUUAUUCACUCGACCAUAGGAUCUUUCAUGGUCGAACCAAUUAUUCUCGACUCUCAUCUCAUGCUGUCAUAUCAGGUUUUCCUGACCUCGGCCAUACCCGGCACAGAUCAGUAAAUAGUUAAUGAUACGCCAUGGUGUUACUAGGGAAGGUUACUAUCCAAAGUGGUUUCUCGUUGCCUUCUCUGGGGCGCGAUGGGAACAAAUGUCUUCCGGAACGUGUGUGAAACUGGUCUCCUAUUUAGUCGUUAUAGGUAAGGAGAAAACCCGGAAAACUCCAAGCAGCCAGCCUGUUCGAUCGCGGCGCGAACCAACGACCGAACUCCCAGUGUUUAGAGUACGAAGAC